CUCCAAAACUCUGCGACAAGUGACUCUGCCGAUCCUGAACCAAGGCCACCACCAUCACCUCACGCCGCACAAUACCCAACCAAGACAGAAGAUAGUACACGAGCUUCCGAUUCCUUCUGACUCUUGCCCUUUACAUUACUGCCAUACGGCCCCUAGCAAAUCUCCGGUUCCGUUCCUCCCUACCCAAGCCAUCAUGUCCAAGUACGGCGUCAUGGUCAUGGGCCCUGCUGGGGCCGGCAAGUCCACCUUUUGUGCCUCCCUUAUCACACACCUAAACCUUAACCGCCGCUCCGCCUUCUACGUCAACCUCGACCCGGCCGCCGAGUCCUUCGAGCACGCCCCCGACCUGGACAUUAAGGACCUUAUCUCUCUACACGAUGCCAUGGAGGAGGUCGGGCUCGGCCCUAACGGCGGUCUCAUCUACUGCUUCGAGUUCCUCAUGGAGAACCUCGAUUUCCUCACCGAGGCCCUCGACAGCUUAACCGAGGAGUACCUCAUCAUCUUCGACAUGCCUGGCCAGAUCGAGCUGUACACCCACAUCCCCAUCCUUCCGGCCCUUGCCCGCUUCCUCUCCCAGCCGGGCUCCCUCGACAUCCGCCUCUGUGCCGCCUACCUUCUCGAGGCGACCUUCGUCGUCGACCGCGCCAAGUUCUUCGCCGGCACGCUCAGCGCUAUGAGCGCCAUGAUCAUGCUCGAGAUCCCCCACAUCAACAUCCUGUCCAAGAUGGACCUCGUCAAAGACCAGGUGCGCAAGAAGGACAUGAAGCGCUUCCUCACGCCUGACACAGGCCUCCUGGACGACGAUCCGAUGGCCACCGCGGCCACGGGGGGCGAGCCGGACGACGGCCGCGGCGAAGUCCACGACCGCGACCUCGUCAUGCGUGGCAGGAGCUUCCAGCGACUGAACAGGGCCGUUGCGGGCCUAAUCGAGAGUUUCAGCAUGGUCAACUAUCUGAAGCUGGACAACACAGACGAGGACAGCGUCGGCGCGGUGCUGAGUUACAUCGACGACAUUAUCCAGUACCACGAGGCGCAGGAGCCCAAGGAGCUCAAAGACGACGAGUUUGACGAGCCCAGUGACGACUAGCCCACGCCGGUUGUAUGGUCUACAUGGAUCGUCUGGCAGCAUUUCUGGGGUGUUUCAGUUACAAGAGAUACCAUUCCAAAGAAAGAAGAAAAAAAAGUUCUGAGGCCAAAGCGAAGAAAAGAGGGUCACGAGAGGGGGAAAGU